CAGGCGACCCGGGUUCAAAUCCCGGCAAUGGAAUCAUGCAAACAUGAAAUAUGCUUUUGAAUAUCACUUACUUCCAUCUUGUUAGUCAGCAUCUUUUCGACUUUAGGAAGUUCUGCUACCUGACAUGCCCCUCGUCUUCUUUUUCAAUUUUGAGGGUCUCUCUCUCUCUCCUUAAUUCCUGUCCUGCUUCUGCUUAAUGCAGCUCUGAUCGAACGCUUCAACUGGGGAAACUAGCGCACCGUUGAUGCUGCAAGUAAUGUCACUUAAGUUUAUAUUUUGUUGUUGAUGAUCAUAUUGUGCGAAAGGUUCGAAUAGAUGGAUCUUUUUCCCAAAUUAGGGCUUCAAAAUUGUCCAUGAGGGUACGAUGAACAUGUGCUCGUGUUCGUUUUAAGCCUGUAUAUGCGAUUAAAAUGUAGUUGGGUAAUUCCGUUUGAUUGCUACUUUGUUCUGACUUGGCUAAUCACUGUGGUUCGAGAGGCUAAUGCAGGCAGUGCAUGCGCAGUUAGUCAGGACUCCUACCAUAGCUACGCUUUGACUAUCCUGGUACUAGGGCUUUUGACAAAUGUGAUAAAAUACGCUGCUUCACUUUUGAAUCGCUUUUGUAUGAAAGUAUCCUGUAGGAUUCAGAAAUUGGUGAUUGUUUGGCCAUUGAAAACUGUAUCUUGGGAAAUGAGUAUAUGAUGUCAUGGAAUUCUCGAGGUUGCUGAUGAUCAUCUUUAAAUAAUUGCCAUUAAAUUUCUUUACACGCCUAUCUGAAUCUGCUUGAGCAUGUUUACAAUCUUGACAGGGCGACACAUUGGCAAUUCCCAACUUUCUUUUUAGAUGCUUGCUUGUGCAUGCCUUGGAGAUUUUCACUAGUUGAAAUCAUUGAAAGUUUCACUAUCUUCUUGAGUACUCAAGGGCCUUGAAUUUCUUGAUAGAUGGACAGAAGUAAUAUGAAGCAAAGAGAACCGCCCAAGUACCCUGGCAAAAUGGAUCAGGAGCAAGACAGAAUCAGCAACUUACCUGGGCAUGUUAUAGACAAAAUUUUGUCGCAGUUGCCAAUUAGGGAAGCUGUCAGGAUGAGUGUCUUGUCUAGCAAGUGGAGGUACAAAUGGGUUACGCUUCCAGACGUUGUUUUUGAUAAUCAGUGUCUCUCGGUAUCUUCCCAAGAUCAAGCACUCUUAAAGAAUAAUCUUGUGAACAUUGUUGAUCAUGUUCUUUUAUUGCACACGGGCCCAAUAAGCAAGUUCAAGCUCUCUCAUAGAGAUCUUUUAGCAAUUACUGACAUAGACAGAUGGAUUCUUUAUCUAUCAAGGAACUCCAUUAAAGAAUUCAUACUUGAAAUUUGGAAGGGUCCCCGCUAUAAGAUGCCUUCUUGUUUAUACUCUUGCCAAAACUUGAUUCAUUUAGAGGUAUUUAAUUGUUGGCUACGACCUCCUUCGGUAUUUGGAGGAUUCAGAAGUUUGAAAAGCCUUGAUCUUCAGCAUGUUACCUUGGACCAAGAUGUUUUCCAAAAUCUUAUUUCUGGCUGUCCUCUGCUUGAGAGAUUAACAUUGAUGAACUUUGAUGGUUUCACACAUCUUAACAUUCAUGCUCCAAAUCUCCAAUUCUUUGAUAUUGGAGGUGUUUUUGAAGACGUCAGUUUCAAGAAUACACACCUUCUGACUAUAAUUUCCAUUGGUUUGUAUGAGGAGGUUAUUUACUUGGAUGAUGAGAAUGAACAGAGCCCCAGGUGCAGCAACUCGAACAAUUUGGUCAGGUUUUUUAGUCACAUUCCUGGUAUUCAAAGGCUUGAGGUGCAGAGUCAUUUUUUGAAGUAUUUAGCUGCAGGCGAUGUGCCAAGAAGGCUUCCUAGUCCAUGCCUUUAUCUAAAUUAUCUUUCUUUACGCGUAGACUUCAACAAUUGGAGAGAGAAUAUGACAGCCCUUUGCCUCUUCAGAAGUUCUCCAAAUCUACAGGAGCUAGAGAUGUUGGCUCGCGCAGAAUCUGCAGAUGAAGGAGUUCUCAGUGAAAUAUCUGCCAACUUUUGGGCAGAGGAUGACCACUGGGAUUGCUCAUUUGACCAACUGCGGCUUGUGAAAAUAGUUGGGAUUUCUGUUUGUAGACCUCUAAUGGAUUUCAUAAAUUUUCUUCUUGCAAAAUCACCUGUGCUCGAGAAACUGACUGUUAGGCCUGCGUCUAAUGAUGGAAGAUGGGAGUUGGUGAAAGAGUUGCUGCGAUUCCGGCGAGCGUCUGUACGGGCAGAGAUAAUUUACUUGGACCCAUAGUUAGUUGCUCUUGCAGUUGCCAUCUGCAUUUGUCAGAUCAAUAAGGGCCCUAUUGCUCUUUACGCGUGAUAAUCCACUUGAAUUGCUAUAGGUGAAAAGUCGCUGCAGUCUACAUUACAUCACCUCCAAUAUGUUCUGGAGAAGAGCCCAAGACGCUGCAAUCUGCAUCAAAAGCCUAAACAAAGAGAGGUGGUGCUUCUUCAUAUCUGGUUUCCGUGUAAGUUAUGGGGUAUGCCUUGCAUUCUGCUGUUUUAGAAAUUAGUUCCGUCGACAUUGAAACAGCUCGCGUGUCCACACGAGGAACAGAGGAAUAGAGUAUCUUUAUUACCAAAGCUGAUACAUUGCAAGGUUUAUACCCUGUAGUUUUCUUCUCUGUUAGUUUGGUCACCAACUUCUCCAGUUUCUCCAGCUCCCUAUCAACAUCAAGAAAAAUGAAGAGCAAUCUCUGGCUUGUGGAAUUUGAAAAACAAUAGUGUUUGGAAACAUGGAGGUUGGGAUUUGAAUUUGAAUUUAUGUGGAAUUUGAUAGAGCUCAAGGUAAAGUUGCGUUGGUUUUGUCCAAAUUUGAAUGAAUUUUAAUUCAAGCUUUGGGACUC